AUGUCAGGCGCGAGGCCGACGGACUACUUGUUGGAUGAGCACACGCCUGCGCCCCCGCUAGAGUUCCUGCUAAAGCUGCAGCUUUUCCGCACGGCGCUGGUGAAUUUUAUUGAGUGGAAGAACUUUGAGGAGGUGGUGCGGGGGUGUUUUGUGCGCGUGCUGCUUGAGAUGCGGAGCGAAGAUGUGCGCCGUGACAACAGUGACCACUACUACAUUGCCUGUGUGAAGGGGGCUCGGCGCGGACCGAAGUACUCCGGCUUCUCGGCCGACAUGGCAAGCACGGAGUGGCACAUUGUCAUUGAGCUUCCGCCGUGUUUCCGCGCCACGCAGAACGGCAAUGUGGUGCAGUUGAAUUCCAUCUCAAACUCUCCAUUUCGUCAGUCGGAGUACCAGCAGUGGGUUGAAAUGACGCGAGAGGCCGGGCACCCCUUCAUGAGCAUGCCACAGCUGCAGUUCCGUCUUGAUCUGCUGGAGGAACACAAGCAACAGGCACUCACACCAGAGCCGCGUCGCAAACGGUGCGGGGAGGACCCACAAGCGACGGAAAGACGGGAGCGGGCACUUAACGCCCUUCGAGAGCAAAUAAAAACGGAGGUUGUCAACACCCACGUGCAAAUGCCUUCUAUUAGCGGACUCCAGCUGUGUCCGUUGGAGCAGCUUCAAGAACUUGAACGCGAAAUGCUUGAAAUGAUUAGCCGCGUACGCAUGACCAUUAAUGAGCGGUCAAAGUGUAUGAUAUGCCACAGGCGUCUUUGCACUGUGAUAUGUUACCCGUGCAAACAUCAGGUGUUGUGCAAGGACUGUGCUGAGCACAUCUUCGGAAAAUGCCCAGUGCCAAGCUGCACUGUUUCUGUUCAAGAGACCUUCGAGGCCUAUACAUCGUAG